GAACAGCACGUAUCACUUUGGCAAAGCACAAAAUGCAUUUUAGAAAUUUUAACUACAGUUUUAGUUCUCUGAUUGCCUGCGUGGCAGAUAGCGAUGUCUUCAAUCAAGCAGAAACAAGGGCCAAAUUUGAAUCACUGUUUAGAACAUACGACAGAGAUAUCACCUUUCAGUAUUUUAAGAGCUUCAAAAGAGUACGAAUAAAUUUCAGUAACCCUUUAUCUGCAGCAGAUGCUAGAAUUCAGUUGCACAAGACAGAGUUCCUUGGAAAAGAAAUAAAACUGUAUUUUGCUCAGACUUUGCACAUUGGAAGCUCACAUUUGGCACCACCAAAUCCAGACAAACAGUUUUUGAUUUCACCUCCUGCCUCUCCACCUGUUGAUUGGAAGCAAGUAGAAGAUGCGACCCCAGUCAUUAACUAUGACCUUUUAUAUGCUAUCUCCAAGUUAGGACCAGGAGAAAAGUAUGAGCUACACGCUGCAACUGAUACUACUCCUAGCGUUGUCGUCCACGUAUGUGAGAGUGACCAGGAAAAUGAUGUCGAAGAAGAAACAAAGAAACCCAAACCAAAAAUUAUUCAGACAAGAAGGCCAGAUUAUACUCCUGCCCAUUUAAGUUGAACUGCUGUUGUUUUUCCAAGGGUUACAAGUAGACAUAUGCAAGGGAAACGUUUAUUGUGGAAACAGCAGGUCACAGAGGUCACAGGUUUGGUGGCAACAGCAGCACUUAUAGCAGGAGAAAUUCCAAUAUAAGUUUGCUCAGAAAAAAAAAUAGGAAGUUUCAUCCUUAUUUUUGAUGCUGCUGGUUGAUGGAUGUCAUGAGUGUAUUCCCAGAUUACUGGGAAUGAAAGAUAGGCAGAAGACGACAUUUUUUGAGACAUAACAGGACAAACUAGGUUUAUUUU